UGUGUGUUUAGACUAGAAUAACACACAAGUGAAGAAGACAACAAAGAAAUAGCUUUAGACAUUACAACUAUCCCCUUCUUUACGCAUGCGCAGGCCAUGAAGGGUGUCCAGAACUUGUUCCUGGUGUCCCUGGCUUGCAGUGACGUCACGGUGGGAACCUUGGUGAUGCCGUUCAAACUGGCCAAUGAGCUGAUGGGUUACUGGUACUUCGGCCAGACAUGGUGCGACAUCUACCUGGCGCUAGACGUGUUCGCCUGCACAGCCAGCAUCUUCAACCUGUGCGCCAUCAGCAUCGACCGCUACUGGGCCAUCACCAAGCCGAUCAAGUACCUGAGCAUGCGCACUCGGCGCCGGGUGGGCAUCAUGAUCGCCAUCGUGUGGAUGUCGUCAGCGCUGGUGUGUCUCCCACCGCUGUUCGGCUGGAAGAGCGGGGACGACAGUGGUGACGAACAAGAGGCCAGCGAAACCCCAGGGUGCCAACUGAACAGCUCUCCGGGAUACGUGGUGUUCUCCUCGGUGUCGUCCUUCUACAUUCCGCUAGGGGUCCUCAUCUUCGUCUACACCAGCAUCAUUCGCGCCGUCAGGAAGAGAUUCAAAUUCCGCAACAAGAACGCCGUGGGCCAGUGUCCCAGUAACACAAGUAAGGCCAAAGAUGACGGCCCGGGGCCAUCCAAGUGGAAACCACAGCCGCCGUCUGACAGCGAGGAUUCGAUAGCGUGGGCCAACAGGAUGUACGUCAGUAACGUCUCCAGCGACCUGAGUGACACCCUCCAGCGCCCGGAGAAAGAACUACAGGUCUUGGAGGCCUUGCAGCCACUGAAGUCCCCGGGAUUUUCACCUAGGGGGCCUUACUUCGACGGCAAGAUGGUGGUCCUGCCCACCAAGACGACCCCCAUUGUUGACAACGUGUCUGUGAUGGUGACGAACAACUCCAGAUCCGCCGAUGCUCUCACCCGCCUUCCCGAGGUCGAGGUGGUACAGCCGAGAACCGACCCCAAGUUCCCACGCUCUGACGUCGUCGCCCUUAACCCCAUCAACAAGGACGCGGGACAGCAGGUUCCCGGCCCCAGCGGUGUCAAGUUACAUCUCUUCCAAGCCAAGCGCUCUAAGGACUCCGGGAACGAGACCGAGGACCAGAAAAUGGACAAGAGCUCGCGCCUGCGCAGAAGGAAGGUCCGGGAAAAGUUGCGCGCGGCGCAGCAGAAGGAGAGAAAGUCGCUGUCCAUCAUCUUCUGCGUCGUGAGCGUCUUCCUCAUCUGUUGGCUGCCGUUCUUCGUCUGCUACCUGGUGGUGACCCUGUGCGAGUCGUGCUGGGUCCCGCCGCCCUUGUUCAUGUUCGUGGAGUGGAUGGGGUACGGCAACAGCGCGCUCAAUCCGGUCAUAUACGCCCUCUUCAACAAGGAGUUCCGCGACGGUGUCAAGAUGCUAUUUCGCAGAAAUAACUACAGCAUCCCAUUGGCCAACACUUGAACCAUAGAGCAGAUCAGCGGCACCUUUGAUCUGUUACUGACGUCAUACGUAAGGUCACGUGCAUCGCAGCAGCCAGCACUUGAACCCAAACAGAACUGCGGCACAUUGACUUUAUUCAGAUCCACAUUUAGCACGAUAUACAUGUAUAUUGUAGCUAUUCUUCCUGUGGUCUUUUCAACAGCUUAACGAGACAACAACUAGACACACAGGAACAAAAUCACCUUUGAUCUGUUACUGACGUCACACGUGAGUAAGGUCAGGUGAGGUAGGAGUCAUUAUUUUUCACUUCUGACGAGGGGUGGAAAAUGCACCAGUAGAACGAUUAAUGUUCAUGUAUGAGGCUCUGAGUGAUCAGCCUGGCUGGUGAUGUGCCUGUAUUUAUUGAUAACUAGUGGCAAAGUCAACUGUCACAAAAAAAUGAGCAUUGCUUAACCCUUGUUCAGCAUGAUACCUCACUCACAAUGUGUUAUCAGGCUAGGCAUGUACAGGAUGGGUUGUUUUGUGGUUACAACGGAAUUCAUCUGUUGGACGUUUCGUCAAUUUUGCAACAAAAAUUCGAUAGUCAGUUGUAUACGAUUGUU